AUGGACGCCGGCGGUGUGCAAGUUCAACAUCAACCGUCCAGCCAAGAUCCGACCAGGCAAUCCUGGAGGAAUAAUAAUUCAAACGGUGACCAAGGUAAACGUAGGGAUAGUGGUAGCAACAAGUCUAGACCCGUAAAUCUAAAGUCCAUUAACGUGGAGCGUGCUCAGAGUGAGAAUAAUACUUCAAGAACGGCUGGUAGCAAUAAUUCUGGUCAAUCUGUUCGAACCCCAAAAACCGCACAGUUUCCUAGACAAAAUCAACAAGUUUAUGCCAUGCAGCCAACAAAGACCGCGACUCUUGUAAAAACUGCACCUCAACAACAAAUGAAUUUAUCUAGGUCUCCACCUCAAAUAACCAACACGUCUACCAGGUCUUCACCUCCGCAGAGUGUAUUUGUUUCAAGGUCCUCUCCUCCUCUAAACGCUUACAAUAAUUUGUCCAGGAGUCCUCCAAAACAUAAUGGUCCUGCUACUGCUCCCACUUCCAAACAAAAAACAGCCAGUUCUUCUAGACCCACCCCCAAGCCACUCAAUUUGUCAAAGCCGUCUCCUCACGUUUCAAAUUUGAGCAAGGUUCCUCAAACAGCAACUUUCCCUCCAAAGGUUAAUAGAGCCCUCAAUCUUCCAAAUCCUCCAAAAACUGCUACCUUUGCUACAAAGUCAUCAGGAUUUCCAAAAGACGCCAGACAACCCAUGAGAGCACCACAUUCGGCUACCUUUCAACCUACUUACGCCUUCGUGUAUGGUGAUCCAACAUACAUUAAACCCGUUGAACCAUCUCGUUUUAGACGUUAUAGUUCUACACCUGCUCCUCUUAGAUUUGUGACAGCUGAUUAUCGUCAGGUUCAAUUGGGGCCAGGUACUCCUGUGGUCGUUCUCAGUCAUCCUGAUGAUUCCGAUUCUCAAGGGUCAUCACCGCCUACUCCAGGCUACGGUCCUCCUGAAGGUUUCACUGGUGCUGAUAUUUAUGAUUUAUGCACCAUGCCUCCAUGUGAGGAGGAGCAGGAGGAAG